GCCCGCCGCUGGAUGAACAUCCCUAUAGUUCACCGGUAACUAUUAGUGUCGGUAUUAUUAUCAUCGCUAUUGUUUAUUCAUCCUCCCCCACCAUCCAACAUACACACCGCUUGGCCUCAGGCACCCCACAGGGAUACCUUAUUCGACCCUUCUCCAUUUAUAGCGACUCACUCCCCUGGUCGAUCCCUGGCCAGAUUCCCCCAAUUAUUUUCUUAUUGUUCGGUUUCUUCCCUGCAACUUUCUCUUCGUUACUUCUUGCAUUGUCGCCCUCCUUGUCUCAACUGCCGAAACUACCAAUACGCCAAUCUGCCGAACAGAAGCUCCGUCCACCUUUCACUCCGAAGCCUGACCAACUUCCCCUCUCUCUAUUACACCUCCGCCCGCAUACCAACAAUUUACCAGGUUCCUGCACCCUGCAAUCUAAGCUCUCCAGAGCUUUAUUUUUAGCCCACACUACGCGCGCUUCUCUCCGUGCUUGGCCAUUGCACUUCCAGACCCUUAGCCUGCGCGGUGGUAACCUUUCUGCGCACUUCCCUUGACAUUCCAGAGGCGCCAACGUCACGGCUUAGAUCGGAGCAUUGUGACGAGAAGACACGAUCCGUUUUCUCAUUCAUUCGCCAAGGAUUCCUUUGCAAGGCAUCCUUAAGCAAUUGUCAUCUAGGACACCGGAAAGACCGUUUCAUCCUGUCUUUGCCUUCUUAUUGGUUAGAGUGUUUGGACUUCUACGCUAAGAACAAGUGUAUCCUACUACAAUGGCAUCGGUCACUUCAAUAACGUCCGAAAAGGACAACGAAGAAGAUCGCGACAUCAUGCACGAGGAGGCGAUCGAAGAUGAGGAUCAUGAUAUCAGCUUGGAGAUGGAUCCAUCUCAGCGAGAACACCUCGAGUUCAACCGUCAAUUAGACGACUACCUAGCGCCACUCUAUCUGGAUGAGGCAGUGCUGUACAGAUUGGCUCGCCGCUUCUCCGAAACCUACCGCGACCUGGCCUUGACAUCGGACCAGCAAUUUUUGCCAACCCCGGUAACUCAGCUGCCUACUGGCCAAGAGACUGGUCGAUAUCUGGCAAUCGACGUGGGAGGCAGUAAUCUCCGGGUCGCAUUUAUUGAGUUGUUAGGCGAAGUCGAGGAGUCGGAUUUCCGCCCCGCGGAUGCCUCGGAGAGGUCACGAGACACAAUUCGCAAGGCCCAGCGACAACGGGUCCAGCGUACGUUAGAACGAGCAUGGCCCAUUCAAGAGCAUUUGAAGAAGGACAAAGCGGAGGAUCUAUUUGCUUGGAUUGGUGACUGCAUUGCCGAAGUGGUAGCUGAGAGUCUGACAUCGGAUGCCACGAAGAAGGACAUUCCCGCAGAAUUAGAUAUGGGUAUCACCUUUAGUUUCCCAAUCAUGCAAGAAUCGCUGGCCGAGGCAACGCUGAUGCCAAUGGGUAAAGGAUUCGCUAUCACUUCCAAUCUCAAUCUUCGCAAUAUCCUUCUCAAUGGAUACGAAAAACACACUCGGAGACCGGAUGAUGAAGAAGAGCCUUCUUCCAAGCGCCGGAAGCUUUUCGCCCUGCCGAAGCUAAAGAUUCAGGCCAUUACGAACGACACAGUUGCCACUCUCGCUUCACUCGCAUACAAGGUGAAAUCGCUACCCAACAGCCGAGUCGCCAUGGGUAUCAUUGUGGGCACCGGAUGUAAUGCGACUAUUCCGAUGAAACUGAGCGAGCUUCAUGAAUCCAAGGCCAAGAGCGUUAACACGAUGGAUCCUAGCGCCGUGGAAACUAUUGUGAACACGGAAUGGACCAUCUCUGGAGCUGCACCACCGCUACAAGAGCUCAACAUUACGACUAAAUGGGAUGUUGAACUAGACCGGGCAUGCACACGUCCAGGGUUCCAGCCAUUCGAGUACAUGACGGGUGGUCGGUACAUUGGCGAACUAAUUCGUCUGAUCUUGUUCGAUUACCUCACCACCGUGGGAGGGUUAUCCAAGCGAGUUCUCCCUGCGAACCUGGUUCAAGAAUACGCUUUGACAACUACCUACAUCUCCGACAACGUGGCCAAAGCCCGAUCAGACCAAGACCUUGCAAAUGCACUAAACCAAUCUCUCCCUCCACCCGAGAGCAGCGACUGGCGCUGGGAUGCGCGGACAGCCGGCGCAUUCCGAAGAAUCGCACGAGCAGUGCAAAGGCGAUCGGCUGGACUGAUUGCCGCAGCCGUGAUCGGCCUCUUGGCCUGCUGCCGCGAAAUCGAACUGAAGGAAGAGAGCAACACCAACACCCCCGAAGCCGCAGCGUCCCCACAAAGCAACGGAGACGUCCCCAUCUCCAGCAGCACAGCCACCCCAUCAUCCAUCGCUACACCAAGCAACAGUGUCCACGGCCACGUUGUCCCAGUCCUCCAACCGUUCCCGGCAGACUGGCAGUCCGGCCCUGAGGAACUGGUCGUCGCGUACACGGGCGGUAUCAUCCAACAUUACCCGCAAUUCAAGGAGAUGUGCCAACAAACCAUUGACCGCCUCAUCAUGCGCACGGGUCCUCAACGGGGAGGAAAGUCUGUCUUCUUACGAGAAGCUUCGGAUGGCGGUGUCAUUGGAGCAGGUGUUUUGGCCGGGAUGGUUGCCGGCAAGUAAAAAAGGAAAUCCGUAUAUUGAUUUUUUACGCUUUACGAUUUUUGGGUAAAGGGCACUGUUCGAUCGUUGUUCCAUCCC